UCUAUCUCAUAUUCCUUUCACAAAACUGGUGUCAUGGUUAAUGUUAGCAGUUGUACUCAGCAGAGAGGUUCCAAUAUUAUUUCAAAAGGUUUCAAGAUUGCUUGCCUCUUUAUAUCUGCUUUCUUCAUCGAGUGCUGAAUUCUCAUUCGAAUAUGAUGGAAAUGAGCUAUCAGCAAGUCAUUGGGUCUCAUUUUUCCAUCAAGCCUCGCUUGGUACCCAUAUCAGUUACCAUUUCAUUUCAAGUUUGAGCGGAAAACACAUAUCACGGUGCCUCUCAGAUAAAGAGGUAACGGAGUGCACAGAGGCUACUUGCUCGAGCUGCAUGGUUCCUGAGGAUUUGGACUUACCCAGGCUUGCUCCUGACCGUACUGAAGAUCUUGUACAAUUUGCUAAAGAAUUUUUCAUCAAUCUUCCAAGCUCAACAAUCAUCUGCAUUAGUUUGCUUGGAGGUGGUUUAAACCAACUGUUACAGGAGCUAAUGCACAUUCGUUCACCUGUUUGUGCCUGGGUGCUCAUAUCACGCCUAAACCCAGAAAGCCAACCGGUUGCCACACUUCUACCUGUAGAUUCAAUUUUAGAAGACAUGUCAGAUGACAGUGCAAAUCGUAGCUCUACGGGAGCGACUCAAGUCGAGAGUUUUAAAGGGCCCUGGCUUUGUCCAUGGGGUGCCACCGUGGUUGAUGAGGUAGCUCCAGAAUUUAAAUCAAUAUUGGAGGAAAGCUACGCAUCAUCUUCUACUCCUAGAGAAGACACAACAGAGAGUAGAUGUCUGUGGUGGAAAAAGAGAAAGAAACUUGAUCAUCGCCUGGGAAUAUUUCUAAGGAAUCUAGAAGCUUCCUGGCUGGGUCCCUGGAGGUGUCUGCUUCUUGGAGAAUGGUCGAACUACAAAUUGCCUGACUCAGUGCACAGAAAGCUGGUGAAUAAUCUCUAAGUCCAAGUGCAAAAUGGAAGUAAAUGAGAUGCUUUUGAAAGUUAUUCUUGGUGGUGGUACGGAAAACUUAAAAGGAGAAGCAUGUGUUGCUCAGCUUUCUUUAAGAGAUGGUUGCUAUGUAGGUAGAGGGGGAUAUCUUUACGAAGAAGAUAGCUGUAAAACUCCUACUGCUGCGUCUAAGAUAUCUGAAAGUAGGCAUGAAUUGGCCUUAAAACUGAUACAUGACGCAGCAGCCAAACUAGGGCAACAAGACGAACAAGAAAACAGAGAACCUAUCAUUCUUGUGUUAGAUCCCGAGGUUCAGAUGCUUCCUUGGGAGAAUAUUCCAAUACUAAGGAAACAAGAGGUGUACCGCAUGCCUUCUGUAGGUUGCAUAUCUGCUGUGCUAAAGAAGCGCAGUCUCCAAGGAGAGCCAGCAAGACCUCAUCUUGAUUC